GUGUUAUCAUGUGACACUUCCUCAUUGCUGUUUUCGUCUUGCUUUGUGCAAUGGAUGUCUGUCUCAUUCAAACGUUGAUAUUGUUUUGUAGUUUAAUAUGUGGUUUUUGGGCAGAGAAUCCUUCAAACAAGUCGACUCCGAACAUUAUCAUCAUUCUUAUGGAUGACGUAAGAUGUUGAUAUCUGUUUAGUUUGGGGAGUGUUACUUUUGGGGGAUGAAACUUGAACCCUUAACUUAUUUCUUUUAUUUCUGUAAAACCUGUGGCAUGAUUACUCAAAUGGAAUGCUGUCAUGACUGGCUGUGUCCGCUCUGAUUAUAUGCCACGUAUACUUGACACAUUGACAUACAAUACUACACAGCAUGCUUUGUAUUUGGUCUCUGUCAGGAAAUGGCAACCAUUUCUCUGCAACUCUAUUUGUGAUGUUGUGUUCUAAUGUAAAGUAUGCUUAUCAUAGCAUCAUGAUCCACUGACAUUUGACAGCUUGUUCCUCUAAUGUUUAGAUGGGCUGGGGAGAUUUGGGGGUGUUUGGCCAGCCCUCCAAGGAGACCCCAAACCUUGACUCCAUGGCUGCCCAGGGGAUGCUGUUCCCCAACUUCUACACAGCUAACCCCCUCUGCUCUCCAUGUGGGUGUCAGCUACAUACAUGUCAUACUUGAUUAAAAUCCCAAUCCUCUUGAAUUCAUAGAUAUGAAAACAUAUUACACUGAUUAUAAAGACAGAAGGAAUUCAUAGUCUGGAUAGCUAGUGUGGUGCCAAUUCUGGAUAGGAAUUGGCACCACGUGCAUAAGAGCCUGACUGUAAGUGCGACAAUCAAUGAUGACAAUUCAAUAAUAUUGUGAUUGUCAUUGGAGAGGAAUAGUUGCAGUGAUGGUAACUUCACUGUGAUUAAGUGGGAUUUGGGUGAGAGGUUGGUGGUAGGUGCAGCCAGGAAUCCUUCAAAAGCCUUUUGAAACAAUGUGAUGCAUACAUCAGAAGCCUAAGCUGUGUGUGCCUGGGUGAUAGAGGGGAGAAGAUGCAUUAUGCUAAUAGGGAUAAUACACUAUGGCAAUAUUCUAAUUAUGCCUAAUUUGAGAAUUUGAAUAAACGUGUUAUGCAAAAUAGAUCGACCCUUUUCUUUUUUUCUAAUGAAUAUUUAAGCAAAUAAGACCUAAUCAAUUGCUCAUCUUAUAUGUGUGUGUGAUGUGAGUGCCUGAUGGAAGCCAAGUACAUGAUAACUGGCUAUUUGUAUUAACACCACGGAGAGGGUAUUGGAGGAACCAGCCACUGAAUGUUAAUUAGAAAUGUAAUCAUAUACUGAAAUGGUACGUGGCUUAAUCACAAUAUCCAGGGUAUGCUCCCAUAUAUAUUUUUUAUUUGAACAUAUAGCCUGACGCAAAACCCAAAUGCAAAGCUCAACUCGGUUCAUACAUACGUCUGUUUACGUUUUGGUGUUUGCCUUUGUUAAAUUUGUGUAAUCUGACUAGUUACAAACUGUGGAACGUUGUGUAAAAUCACAUGCAGCCUCUCCCACAUUAACUACGCAUUCAGCUGAUCAUUUAAAUCGUUUAUCAAAACAUGAUGUUGAUGUCUCUUAUCCUAUUACUCCUUAGCCAGAGCUUCACUUCUGACAGGACGAUUACCAGUUAGAAAUGGAUUCUAUACCACCAAUGCCCAUGCCAGGAAUGGUGAGCUCUCACUCUGUCUCUCUCUUGAGUUCUAUUUUCCUUGCUGCUUUGCCACACACAUUAAUGUAACCCCUGACCUUUGCAGCCUACACACCCCAGGAGAUAGUGGGAGGGAUCUCAAAGGAUGAAAUUCUAUUACCACAGGUACUGAAGAAGAAGGGUUACGUCAACAAGAUCAUCGGCAAGUGGUGGGCACCAUUCAUCUCGAUCUCAUUUGAAGUGGUAACAAUAGUGACAAUUCUAAUUCUGUGUUUCUCCUUCUCCCAUCAUUUUUCUGGCCUAAGGCAUCUUGGUCACAGAGCUCACCACCUACCUCUGGAGCAUGGUUUUGAUGAAUGGUUUGGAGCUCCAAACUGCCACUUCGGUCCCUACAACAGCAGUGACAGGCCUAAUGUCCCGGUCUACAACAACUCUCAGAUGGUGGGAAGGUAUACACUCACUCCCGCACUCACAUAGAACAGAAAACAUAAAAAUCCUCUCUCCCUUUCAGUGUUUGACUCAGCUGGCUGCUCCUCUGGAUGAGGAGAGUUUUUUUUACUCCUCUUCUCUGUACCAGCUGCGCUUGUGUAUUCCAUUUUCCGCCCAUUUGUUUUCCCCAAAACAGCCAUAUGUGUAUUCAGGGUCAUUGGCGCUAGCAGGCGGGCGCUUUUUGUGCUUAGCCGUGGGUUUAAUCAGCAUAACGUACCUGAGCCUGGACAGACGCACACACACGCACCCAGGAGACGGCAGGUUGCGUUGGCGGUGUGUGAGGACACCUGGAACAGCCCGAGCAUGAGAGAGACGGCGGGCGCUGCUGCGUCUACCACUCCACGCUUCAGUACUAUCUCAUAACAGUUCCCCUACUCUUCAGAGACUUCUCAAAUCUGCUUCUCUAAACUCUCCUCUAAUCACAACCUGGGAGGACGGGCUUCUCAAAGUCUGUUGCUGGGUUUUUGGAAUAGAACGUAUUGUUUAUUAAAUAGCCACGGUGUGAGUUUUGUGUAUGAGUCAUAUUGAUAAUUAAGAACUAUUGUACUUAUGUAGAUGACAUGGAAACUAAUGAAGUACAUUUGUUUUCCAGAUAUUAUGAGGAGUUUGGGAUCGAUAAGAAAACUGGAGAAUCUAACCUCACACAAAUCUACUAGAAGGUAAGUGAGUGAGUGGCAGACGUCCGUCCAAGUUCAUCCUUCCAAAUACUACUUGUAAUAGGAAUUUCCAGGUGAACAAAAAGGAGAGCAGUCAUUGAUAAAGCCAAUCAAAAUCAAUCCAGUUUAAUUACAAGUUACAACAGGGAGACACCUCCAGCACAGAAGCAGAGAAAAUGUCUAACUCGCCUUCUCUAAGCAGGCCCUUAUAUUCUAAUCUCACAGCACUAAUGUUCUGUAAACAACCCGCUGAGAGGCAGGUAGGAAGUCACAACAUCAGCUGCUACAGAAUCGCACAGUGUCACAGAAUAUAAUAACAAUUAAUGUCCUCGGUCCUUGUACCUCCAGUCUGGCGUCAAUCACUAUCAACAGAUGGACCUUAAUGUGCUUCUUCUUGAGCCACUCCUUUGUUGCCUUGGCCAUGUGUUUUGGGUCAUUGUCAUGCUGGAAUACCCAUCCACGACCCAUUUUCAAUACCCUGGCUGAGGGAAGGAGGUUCUCACCCAAGAUUUGACGGUACAUGGCCCCGUCCAUUGUCCCUUUGAUGCGGUGAAGUUGUCCUGUCCCCUUAGCAGAAAAACACCCCCAAAGCAUAAUGUUUCCACCUCCAUGUUUGACGGUGGGGAUGGUGUUCUUGGGGUCAUAGGCAGCAUUCCUCCUCCUCCAAAUACGCCGAGUUGAGUUGAUGCCAAAGAUUUUGGUCUCAUCUGACCACAACACUUUCACCCAGUUCUCCUCUGAAUCAUUCAGAUGUUCAUUGGCAAACUUCAGACGGGCCUGUAUAUGUGCUUUCUUGAGCAGGGGGACCUUGCGGGCGCUGCAGGAUUUCAGUCCUUCCCGGUGUAGUGUGUUACCAAUUGUUUUCUUGGUGACUAUGGUCCCAGCUGCCUUGAGAUCAUUGACAAGAUCCUCCCGUGUAGUUCUGGGCUGAUUCCUCACCGUUCUCAUGAUCAUUGCAACUCCACGAGGUGAGAUCUUGCAUGGAGCCCCAGGCCGAGGGAGAUUGAAAAGUUAUUUUGUGUUUCUUCCAUUUGCGAAUAAUCACACCAACUGUUGUCACCUUCUCGCCAAGCUGCUUUGCGAUGGUCUUGUAGCCCAUUCCAGCCUUGUGUAGGUCUACAAUCUUGUCCCUGACAUCCUUGGAGAGCUCUUUGGUCUUGGCCAUGGUGGAGAGUUUGGAAUCUGAUUGAUUGAUUGCUUCUGUGGACAGGUGUCUUUUAUACAGGUAACAAGCUGAGAUUAGGAGCACUCCCUUUAAGAGUGUGCUCCUAAUCUCAGCUCGUUACCUGUAUAAAAGACACCUGGGAGCCAGAAAUCUUUCUGAUUGAGAGGGGGUCAAAUACUUAUUUCCCUCAUUAAAAUGCAAAUCAAUUUGAGAACAAUCCAUAACAUUCAGUAUCAAGUCUAGUGACAAAUGAGUGUCCCAAAUACAACACUGGAAAUCAUGUGUAUUACAUAAAGAGAAAACAUAUAAAUAUGCUAAGCAUUGUGUUAAUUACUUUUAACUGAAUAUUAAUUUAUUAAUCUUAAAUGUUCCCAUUACACUAUUGUUCUCUGUCAGUUUUGUAGUGACUUUUCUGGAUGGCAUCUGGUCUGAUAGCAGACUAUGAUCUAAUUUCUUUCCCUCCAGGAAGGCCUUGACUUCAUAUUUCACCAAAACAUGGCCCAGCGGCCAUUUUUUCUCUACUGGACAGCAGACGCCACGCACGCUCCGGUCUACGCUUCAAAGCGGUUCCUGGGGAAGAGCCAGAGCGGGCGGUAGGAUCACAACACUUGAAGCUACAAUCACAAUUUGUCAAUAAUAAUGCCAUAUCGGACACUUAGUUGAAUAGUCUUACACAGAGACAUGUGAUGUGUUGCUGACAAAGCAUGGAGAGUUUCUUCCAGAGCAGAGGGUUUGGACACCCUCUUGGUUAUUAACCUGUAUCAUUGCUGGCUUUGUUGAUCUGGCUAUUAUAGGACCUAAUUAGUCCAUAUCUCUUGAUGAUAUUCUACCCCAGUACAGUACAAUGUUUACCAAACUGGCUUGUUGUUUUAAAGCUCUGCUUGGAUCUCUGGGUCUUAGGCCAUUGAUUUAGGGGCUUUGUGAAUGUGUGCAGUGGAUGAGCUGUGCCUGCAGCAUUGUUACAGGGUGGGGAAAGUCAUUACAUUAGCAUGAGCCACUGGGUAUUCUACUAGGUGAUCUAUCUCCCAUCUCACACCUGGAAACGUGAGCAGAAUUAGAUGCCACUUGGAAAAACAGAAUCACUGUAUCAACAUGCAGAUUCAAAAAUCGAAAUGAGAAAAAUAUUGUAAUAAUGAAGAGAAGAAAAAAACCUGUUUCCUGCUCUGAGGAUAUUUGUCAAUUAAAUGUUGAUUUUUCACACCCCUUUGCCCCUCUGUGGUUGUGGUGAGGGUAAAGGGAUGUGUUGCUCGUCUAGGCUCAGGUCACUUAGUAUUCCUCUCAGUCUCAGUGAAUACUCAGGCCUCACUAAGCAGGCAUUUCUUCAGAAUGCCAAAUGAGGUUUUUGUUGACAGAGAAAUGGAUCAGAGAUUAAAAGUAUUAGCCAGGUGCCUGGGAUAGGUGGCUCACACUGAGAUGGAAUACUUUUCUAUUUUUUCCAACAGGCUUUUAGUCCAUGUUUUUGUUGGUGAAAACUCUUGUUGCUAAAUACCAAAUGUUUUAUAGUAAAUACCUAAUUUACCUCCAUGUUUUCUAGGAGAAUGUAGCUUGGUUGAUGGGUUUGCCUAGCCCUAGUGUCUACACAUACCUGUCUGUCUGUCGGUUUGUCUGUCAGUCUGUCUAUGGUGAGUUGGGAUUGGGCAUUUGAAGUUCCUGAGAUACUGUAGUUUGAGUGGCUUGUGUGUGUACUGCAGGUACGGUGAUGCAGUGAUGGAGCUGGACUACAGUGUUGGACAGAUGCUGGCCCGGCUGCGUGCUCUGGGCAUCGACAAGGACACCUUUGUGUUCUUCACCUCAGACAACGGGGCUGCAGUGAUGUCCGGCCCCAAGCAAAGUAAGAGCUGCACACCAUAAUUAAGUCUCUCAACUCAUCCCCUGAUACCAAAAAAUGCAAUUACAUGCUGCUUUCUUAAAGUUCUUGUAUAAAUGCAUGUAUGGAUGGAUAUGAGUAAUGUACUCUAUGUCUAUGAGUAGUAUGUGUGGGUGUUUUCUUUGUUUGGAGCUCCUUUCAGUUGUGUAUAAAGUAAGUUGUUUUAGUAAUCUCUUUAUCAUGGUGCUUAGUGUAUGACUGAUGUGUUUCUGUCCCCUGAGGUGGCAGUAACGGCCCGUUCCUCUGUGGGAAAGAAACUACGUUUGAGGGGGGCAUGAGGGAACCUGCCAUCGCCUGGUGGCCUGGACACAUCCCAGCAGGCAUGGUGAGAACUCUUCUCUUUCUCUGUUAUACCUGUCCGGAACAUCUCCAGGUUCCAGGUGUUCUAGAUAUGUUCUAGGGGUUCUACUUGUCUGGAGUUAUGGAACAUCUGGUGUUUACACACAGAAAUGAGACACACUGUAGUGUUAUCUGUCUGUAAGCAGCUGGGUUUUCAAGCAGGUACCACAUUAUAAAGUAAUUACAGUUAGUCAUUUCAGUAAUCGUCUCUCUCAUAUCAUUGUAGUUCUUUGUUUCGAUUGUGUAUCAAUGUCCUCAACAUCAUCACAACUCUACUCUCCUCAGGUGCUGGCAUUGCAAAAUCAAACACACCAUUUUUUUGUUUGAACGUGUGGGUGUCCGCGCGUGUGGGUGUGUAUGUGUGUGCAAGUGUGGACUUUUUUCAAAUAUUUUUUGAGGUGGCAAGGUUCAUCUUCUUAACCGCCCCCCUUACCUCUCUUCCUCCUCUGUGAGCCUGUGAGGAAGACUUUCCCCCUGAUCCGCUAAGCCUGUGCGUUCUGCAAAUGACUUUUAAUUGUAUUAGGGGCAGCUGUGACACGGGGCUGUGGCGCAGAGGGAUUUUUGGAGGAGCGAGCGGAGGAAGCAGUCUGUAGGCUGAAGUAAGCCCUGCCCCCGGCUCAUAUCUGAGGGGUGUGCUGUGGCCUGAUAGUGCUGCAGAGUGGCGAGGGAGAGGGGGAUUGGGAGCGUCUUAAGCGGCUAAUCUGUUUGUGUGUUUGCUGAGGUUGGAUUGAGCUGUAAUGAGGGCUUCUGUAUCUGAAUAUGCCAGGCACACAGGAUAAAGGACAGAAAAAAAGAGAAGUAAAGGGGUAGUUGGUAGAAGAGAGGGAAGGGUGCACCCGGUGCAGUGCUCUAUAGGGUUGGUUCUGGAAAAUAUGGCAGUGCCAGGGAGGGUUUUGUAUGCAGGGUCUUUGGUGUGCUGGUGCAGUGCCAUGACAGCCCAACCUCUGUGACUACGUGUGUCUGUAGCAGCUGCUGGCGGGUUAACCAGAGAAAUGACUCCAGAUGAAACACUUCUGAGAACAGAGUAUUGUGAACGAGGCACCACUGCUAUGCUGAAGAACAGGGAUCAUCAACUGGAUUCAGCCACGGGACAAUUUUUUCUUGAGAGGAUGGUCAAGGGUCCGGAACAUAAUUACAAAUAUUUUGUAGACUGCAAAUUGACCGCAAGAAGCCCAAACAGAUAUAAUAUUUGACUAAAACAUAAUCAUUUCAAACCUUGCUUACAUUUGUAUACGAUCACGUCUCUCUAUUAUGUGUGGGAAUACUUGGGAACAGAUUUCCUAAAUUAAAAUCACUUGGAGCUGAUUUGUUGGGGUUUUUACAGUCUUUUUUUAUGUCCAAGAAUUACAAAAAAAUAUGUUAUAAUACAUUCGGGCUGCCAGUUGGGGAACCCUGCUGAAGACCAUCUGUGGCUUUAGUCUGUGGAUUUGGCAGUAAUACAUGGGACUAGCUCCUCUGUGAGUCUAUGACAAAGCAGCAUUGUUGUAUGGGUCUCAUUUAAUCUCCCUGCUGCUGGGGAGGAUGGCCAAAGAGAUGAUUUCCCUCUCUGUUGCUUUGUGCGGUGCUGAAAUCUCCCUGUUCAUCUGCACAUUGAAAAGUUUCAUAAGCCCUAAACAUAAAUGCUGCACAUAAUGAACAGCCACACAUGCUACAUCGCUUUUGUUAGGUGGAUUGUUGGUACAGGGACCAGCAAACAUUAACAAGGCCUACUCUAAAUAGUUUAGGAUUAAACGUGUUUUCAGGUUAAAAACUACAGCUAUUAUACGUACAUAUAUCAUAUCAAAUCAUCAUUGAUGAAGUUGACACACUGAUAGGAGUCAUAGGUCUGGUUGGACUAGUUUCAGGUUAGGCUAGGUAAAGUUAUUUUCUGACAUUCUCACACUCAUUAUAAGAAUCUUCAACAGAGGAAGAAGACAAUCUGUGUGAACGCCACAGUGUUAUUGCACAGUGAUUUGAUAGGUUAAAGUAACACAAAAAUAUGAAAGUUGGAAGUUUAUCAGUGUGUAGAUUAACCUAGCAUGCCAUUGUGACUGUACAGCACAUAGCUCUAAUGAAAGUGUUAGUUGUUAGUAUUGAGGGACAGAUAGAGUUUUGGGAGAUGUGUUGGAAUGAGAGAGAUGAGCUUGACGGCAGGAGCCGGGCACAGGUUCACAUUCCCCCGGUGACUGAGGGGCCGCGGUGGGAUGAGGCUGGCUGGCUGGCUGGGAUGGAGGGGGAAAGGGGGGCUUUUCCCCCCAACACUGCUGCUGCCACCGUCACAAUCCCUUUUGUUGUGUUUAUCAGCUGGGAGACACGGAGCCUGAGUGCAUUAGACAGGGAUAGCAGGUCUGCCACGUCAGAUAACUACCGCCAGGGUUUAACCAAGAAACACACAGAAGAAAAAAAGGCUGGCAAAAAGACAGAAAAAAAUGUACAGAAUGGAGAGAAAAGUGGAAAUUGAAAUAAAUGGGAGAUAAUGAAAUGGUCUCUUUCAACUAUUUAGACUUUAAAAUGGUUAGCAUUUUUUGGUGGAGGAUUUAGGGUUGUCUGUGCUAGCUCGUAGUCAACUUCAUUAAUUGUCCUCUUUGAUUUCUCCUUUUUUUCUCCUCUAGUUUUUUUCUGCCGUGUGUGUGUGUGUUAAGCGUGAGAGUGCAGAUAAUGGAAUGUGUUGCAGGGCCCUUUCUGGCUGGUGCAGUGGCUGCGGGAGAAAAGGGAAUUCAUUUCGGUGGUGUGUGCAGGCAGCUGAUAGGAGCAUGGCGGCACAUGGCGGCGCAGCUGCUCUGGGCUGAUAGCACUAUCUGAUUGUGAGCGUGCCGUCUCCCUCAAAGGGCUGCUCAGGAGAGAAUGGAAUGGAAGAUCAAGGAUGACAGUGAAAAAAUUGCAUUUUAUCUGAAAAUAGUUCAAAGUUUAUAAAUAAAAUAAAGCUUUUCACAGGGACUGGGGAAGGGAGAUAAAACAGCCAGCUCUAGCCCGGGCCUCAUCUUCCCUCUUUUUCCUCACUCCUCUUUUUCUCCUAAUUUACAGAGGCGUUUGUGAGGUUUAUAAUAAACCUGUGAGCGCAGAUUAUAGAGGAGACUGAAGAAAUGCAUCAUCAGGACUCCCUCCCCGCCCCCCUCCACUCCACCCCAUCCCCUGUAAUGGUGGGCUUUCAUAGGGGGUGCGUGCACACUGUUGGCCAUUGUGCUGUCGUGUUGGGUUUCAUGCAUGGAGAGGGAUCCCUUGGUGUCUCUGCAGGCUGCUGGUGUAUCACAGCCUCCCAGUAGUGUGAAUCACUGUGCUUUAAGGAGAAGUUCUCUCUGCUCCCCAGCCCUGCUCUGAUCACUGCACUUCACAAGGCUUCCGCGCUGCGCUGUUCAGGGGCCUAACAUGGACACUCACUGCAGCUUUGGAGGAGACGAUCAUGCAUUUUGACAGGAUAUUAAUUGAUUAAAGCAAAUAAAGUAUUGUAAUUUGGGAACAAAGUUUUAGUAUUUGUAAUUAAAUUGAUCAGUAUGUGCAUUGCUCUGGCACAUAUGGAUGCCCAUGCAAGGUAUCUAACUUCCUACAACAAUCGCUGUUAAACUUUCAUGUCAGCACCCAUAGACAAUGUGAUUCUGUCUGGAUUAGAAUUCCAGUGUGUUACAGUUCAAUACCAGGACUCUUUCUCCCAUCUCCAGGUGAGCCAGCAGCUGGGGACUGUAAUGGAUCUGUUCAGCACCAGUCUGUCUGUGGCUGGCCUCAGUGUUCCAGACGACAGGCUCGUAGAUGGACUGGACCUCAGCCCUGUCCUCCACAACAACACACUCAUCAACAGGUUAGAACUCGCAGCUGAGAGAGGCUUAAAUUGCCCUGUCAGAGGGAUUCAUGCAUGUAAGAUAAGGUGAUGAAGAUGUGUUCUGUAUACUGUUUAUAUGCUUACCCUCCUAACUUGGUCUGCAAACAUAACUUGAACUUGACCAGCAAAACCAUGGACCACUCAAUAAGAGUUCCAUCACAUGCAAGUCUGAAGUUAGGAUUUGGCUAUGAGAGUUGGCUCAGAGGUCAGCUAUGCCCUCUGCUGGUCACAGUACUUUGGGAGUUCGUGCCCCUGCUGUAUGAUGGGUGGGCGGAUGUAGGCUUGGGCAGAGCAGUGGUGGCGGUGCCCCUUGUAGGGAGGCUGCUGGCUGGGGCCCAGGGAGAGGGACCACCCUGGUGGAUAAGGUGUUCCACCAAGCACAUAAUGGGAUGAGCCAUGGCUGCAUGAUGGUGGUGGUGGUGGGGUGCAAGCCUGGGAGGGAGGGGGGCCUGGAGCUGAGAGAGGGCUGCUGCUUAUCACAGGAAUCCAGCAGUCACCAAUCCCAUUUCACACCCAACAGGCCCAUCUUCUAUUACCGCGGCAACGAGAUGAUGGCAGUCAGGGUUGGGCCCUACAAGGCCCACUAUUGGACGUGGAGCAACUCGUGGGAAGAGUUUAACCAGGUGAGUCACUCUCAGUGACUGUUGUGUGUAUUUCUCUCUCUCUCUCUCUCGCUCUCUCGCUUGCUCUCUCUCUCUCUUUCUCUCUGACUGUAGUUUAUCUCUCAUUAUCUCUCUCUCUCUCUUCCCCACGCCCUCAACAAGCCAUACAGAAUGCUCUCCAAAAAAACACAUUUGGUAGUCAGUGUUAUCUUGAAAACAGCUCAUCAAGUGGCUGUUGUGUACAUCAGUGGCUAAUGAAUAUUAAUGAGGACACCCCACUUCACCAAAGUGCUAUCAUUCAUCAGCACUGCCUGUCGCUGGUGGAGCGUUCUGCCCUCCUGCUGAGUAUCCUACUCUUCCCUCCUGUGCCCUGAGGAGUGAGAAUGUGUUCUCUCCUCCUCUUGGCACCCUUUAAAACAUGUCCUGCUCCUCUCCCUCAGAAACCUCUGUUUUCAAACGUGCAAGUUUGUAUUAUGCCCGAUCGGUUGCUUAAAUUGCUCUCUCCUAGAGGGCUGCUGAAUCAAUAGCAGCCUCCUUUAUCAGCUCAUGUGAACUGGAGUGGAACUUCACAAAUAAUGGCGUCUGAUUGCCUGUGAGUUGCCUAUCGAUUGGUGUGUGUGCGUGCGUGUGUCCGUGAAUGUGUGUCUGCGAGCAAAGGAUGGUUUGAAGAGGAGGCUCUGGGUCUCCAAAGCUGACUCUGAGAGUUAACGUGUCGGGUCUCCACCAGAAUGGGCAGAAAGCAUUCAGAGCUUUACAAUGACGCUUGACCCUCACAUCUCACCCGAGCAUCCAUCACACAGAAAAACCACUCUAUAUUUGAAGCGGUUUUAAAUGGUCUGAAUAUUGUGGUGAAAUGUUGAUCCAUCAUUCCAGCUUACCAUUUUCUUACCAGUUUUAAGUAAUGUUGUGUAUUUACUAUUUAUGUUCAGUAAAAAAUAAAACGAGGAUGGUGUGUCUUUCUGAACUUGAAAUUCAAUUAUGGCUUUUAUAGCCAUGAGCUCUACUGUGAUUUUUCUGGUGAAAUCCAAGAGAUUCAGUGAUGUGCAAAAUUAGACAUUUCACAGGGGUAAGUGGUUUUCAUCAAACACUCUUGUUGGAUGGUGUGGUAAUGGUGUGAGGUAUUCUAUUGUGUUGGGAAUGGGACCCGUCUGUAUCUGAUGUUAUCUGCUCGGCCUUGUCUUUGGUGGGUAGCAUACUGUUAAUAAUCAUUUUCUUUGAGGAAAAUAUUCAACCAAAAUUCUACUUUUGCAUUCCAUUUUAUGUCCCUUGAUUUAUCCCCUCGUCUUAUAAUGUUGACUACUUUACUCCAUCUUUAAAAGAACAUUGCUGUAUGAUCUGCUAUAUUAUUAAUACCAUGGGAUAUAUGGAGUUCUGCUGUGUCUUCUUCUUGGAUACAGAUAAAAAGGGCUUUCUCACAGUCCAGAGGGAUUUAGGCUAUUUUACAUUUCUAAGACCACAGCACAGAGACUGCUUCAGUACCGUAUGUGGGUAAGUCUGGAUCAUAGUGGGCUGUGCAGUGUACUGAAGUGAGGUGUGUGUGUGUGCACGCGCUCGUGCCUGUGCUCCUUUGAGCGUGGCUGUUUGUGGUCCCAGAGGGGGGGGGGGGUAGGUAGAGUGCCUUACAGAUGAGUGCUCUCUCAAUAUUAGUUGUGUUGCUCACAAGGGCACCUGAGAGGUCUCCCCAGGGGGUCUGGAGGGGGCUGUGACUCAAUCAGCCUCUGAUCAGAGCCAGGCUGCUACCCCAGAGGGGGGGGCAUAUAGGGGAGCAAGCAUGCACACUUUUGGGGAUCGGCAAGACAAAUGUACAGGCCAUGGCCCCACAUUCUGACUAGCAGAUAGAAUAGUCACAUAGGUAACAGUCACAUGCAUACCGUAGCCCCAGGGUAGAGAGAACAGGUUGACAGGUUGGAGGUGAGGAAGACAUGAUACUAUAUACCAAACAGAUAUAGUCACACACACUAUACACUGUACUGUACACAUCUACACUCAGCUCCCUUGGACAGAUUCCUCCAUACCUUCAAAAAGAGAGACGGUAUCACAUGUUCAGGUGUGCAGUGAGAGUGUCGGUCUGUAGGUGGACAUCAUUGACAGCACACUGCAUCUUGCCAUCCAUCUUGUCUUUUUAAUUGAAUUUUCUUUUCAAGGGCACUUUCUCAUUGUCAGUUCAGUUGAAAUAGGUUAUCUGUUACCACCACAUUCUCCAUUGUCCUCUGUGAAGUGGGUGUUAGAAGCUAAAGAUCAAUUGUGUGUCUAUGUGUGUGUCCACUCUUACAGGGCAUUAACUUCUGCCCAGGCCAAGAGGUGGCAGGCGUGACCACCCACACCCAACAGGACCACACCAUGCGGCCACUCAUCUUCCACCUGGGGCGGGACCCCGGGGAGAAAUACCCUAUCAGGUGAGUGCUCACUAAAACAAACAAAGAUUUCCUGGUGUACUGUUAGAUUGUACUGAACGUAAAGUGAAAAGCAAGGGAAAUAUAGACAGGGCUUGGUGUUGGUCAGCCAAUCUCCACACAGCUCAACAAACAGCAGGCCUCUGGUUAAAUAAGAGAAGACGAGAAGGAGGAGGAGGAGGAGGAGGAGGGGGUUGUAGGAUGUUGGGGGACAGAAUCUAUGGGAUCAAUACUGAUCCAGUUGUGUGAAAGAGGUGCGGUGAGGACUGAAGAUUGAUCUGUGCAGCCCCAGACUGGCUGAUUAAACACUACUCUUUGUGAUUGCAAAUAGCUCUUUAAAGAUCGCUAUCUCGCCUCAGACCCACUGCUGGAAGUUAAAAUUGCAAGACAAAUUGUUCUCAUAUAAAUCAAAAGGGAGUGCUGUUUAAUGGACUUUUGUGUGCCUUCGAACAUGAACCCUUAGUAGAGUUAAAAGUCACUGGAAAAAGGCAAUGGUGUAAAAAAACAGUUGGAUGUUAGUUUUUAUUUAGAAUACCUUUUCAUUUUGUUCUAUACAUUAAAUGUAAUUGUGAUGGUUUGAAAAUGUGGACAACCAUGGCCUUAACUGUACUUAAGAGUACAAAAGAAGCAUUAUUCAUUCUCUAUUCUUUUUUCCUUCAUUUUUUUAUUGGCAAAGACACUCCGAGAUGAACAAAAGCAUGACAUACAUUCAUAUAGUUUUCAGAAUGAUUUGAUGAGGGAAUACAAUUUCCUAUUAUCUAGCUUUCUCUCUGAUCCGUCUUCAUUCUCCUUAAUGUUUUCUUCAGUCGGAUUAGCUCCUGUCCCCCAGGCUGUUUCACCCCCUCUGGCUGGCUCCCUCCCUCACCAUUUCUCUAUACGUCUCUCUUUCUCUCUCUCUUUCUUCCUCUCUCACUUUAUCCCUCUCUCCUCUCUUAAUCUCCCCCACACUCCUUUUCUCUCUCGAAGGGAGAUGGAAUAAUUAAACAUUCAUGUUGUUUUUGAUCAGCCCAUCUCAUCUCUGCUCUCUUCUAUUCAAUCAGCCGAAUUAAAAACAGAAAAAUCUAUAGCUGUGCUGUGUUGAAUGCGUUGGAGAGUUUUUUUUGGCUGUGUCCCAGACUUAUGGAGAGGAGGAGCUGGUUUGGCACCUGGAGAGAGGACCCUGCGUCCCCCCUCUCCAAGUGAGUGGGGGUCAUUGUGGUGGUCUGUGAGGUCACAAUAUUCCAGCCCCAUCUCUCCAGCCCCAGUAAUGACACCCAGCCACCCUCCCCUUUCCUCCCUCUCUCUGUUUCCCUCUCCUGUCUGUGUGUCAGGCAGGCUGCUGGCCAUGUGCUCCUUGGGCACCCAGCUGGACCGGCUGGCCGUCAUUAAUCUCUGUCUCCACCUAAAGAGCCACUUAAGAUGAUGUAGGGCCUGUCUGCACACAUACCUUCAGUUCUAUGGCAGGCUGAUACAACAGCAGUAACACACACUGCCCAGGCAGUCGCUCCACUGUCCCAGCCUCUUAGGAUACAUGGACACACUCACUAGAGACCUGCUGGUGGAAUCCAGGGGAAUAAAGAAGAUGCUUUUCCAUUAAUAUCUGAAUUAGUAUAUUUCAUAUUUUGUGUUUAUCUCAUUGAUAUACAAUAACAAGACAAUCACAAGCACACAGAGAUCGGCAUUCUACCGCUGCAUCUAGUGAGAGAUUUAGAUAAAAAAUGUAUUCCGAUUGUCAGUGAAUUUACGGGUAAGCGUUUUCAAACUGUACAUGAGCACAUGAAAUUGUUCUUAUUAGUCCACUUCUAUUGGUGUGGUAGAUUACUCCUCCUGUGGGUAGUAGAUCAGUGUGAAGGUGUGGCUGAUUAGGUCCGGUGUAUAGUAAGACAGCCCAGUUCUCCCUGCCUGUGUCCCAGUGGGACUGGACUUAGCCCUGCUCCUGCCUCAUGCUGCUCCGGCACACUUCCCCUGGGCCCUUGUCACCAUGUGCUGAGCACUUAAGUCCCAGCCUGCCUCGGGCUAAUGUAGCAGGCAGCCCUGCACACUCUGGCCUCAUCUGCUGCCGACAAGCACUUCAGCCCCCAAUCAAUAGUCUUCACCGAAUUGCUCAAUUUCCACAGGAGGAGGAGAAAGGGCAGAGGUAUUUGAUUGUCUCUUCAAUUCCCUCUGCUUGAUGCCUGCUGCUGUGUGUGUGUGUGUGUGUGUGUGUGUGUUCGCUCUACCAGUGGGGUUAUGAAUCACUAAUCAGAGUGUGGUGACACACCUGAGCAAUGCUGCCUUCCCCCUGGGUGUCAUGCAUUAUAAAUCAAAAGACUUCAUUUGCAUGCAGUGUUAUUAUUAUUCCAGUUUUUGCUUUUGCACAAGUGAGCUAAGGGUUAUAGUAAUGAUAAUGAGGCUGUGCUGACUGGAGUUUUCUUUGUUUAUUUAUGGAGAGGGAGGAGAGAAAUAAAUAUGUUUUUAUCUAUAUAUUUUUAGGGUUAGGGUGCUCAAUGCAUAGACAAAGAAUAGUCUGUUUACUCAAAAAGGGCUGAGUGUACACUUUGCACACCACACGAAGCUGCUGAGGGGAGGACAGCUCCUAAUAAUCGCUGGAAUGGAUUUAAUGGAAUGGUAUCAAACACAUGGAAACCACCAUGUGUUUGAUGAGUUCGAUACCAUUCCAACUAUUCCGUUCCAGCUAUUACUAUUAGCCUGUCCUCCCCAAUUAAGGUGCCACCAGCCGCCUGUGUUGCACACUGUGUUUGGUUUGGCUCUGAUGUAUGGUUCUAAUAUUUAGUGAGAUAAAGCAGCUUCAGAAGUUAUCUGAAAACGAAUCACAGUGAUCAAUACAGAGCAGAGAACAGAUAGGAUGGUAAGGAAAUCUUCAUCAUUUUGAUCAAGAUAUUGUCUUUGGUCCAUGAGGCAGAAUUAGUGAUUUCAAAUACAUACAUAGUAAAAUUUUGUCUGAAAUGGAACACUUGUUUCUAUAGAAACCUUUACUCAUUAAAGAUAUGAUCAAGGCCGUGGUAUGUUAUGAUUCUGGAUCAUUGCACAGUAUUGCGUCACCACGCAACCAUAAGAAAUAACCACCAAGCCAAGCGGGAGAGCAGAUGGUAAGUUUUGACUGCCAUGGCCUUGUUAAGGACCUAAAGGUAGAGUAGUGAUGAUGGGAGAGCAGAGGGUGUGAAUAUAGGAGUAGCACAUGGCUGAGGAAGAGGGGAGCAGGUGCUAUUGUGUGGCGGAAGCCCCACUGCCCUCUGGGAGGAUGGGAGGUGGAGGGGAGGUGUGAGCCGGACAGGGCCUGGGGUUAUUACACUAAUUGACACUUCACCUCGCACACGCGCACACCCUCCCCAGGGGCCAAUCAGAGAGCUGGCUUUGGGGAGGGGCGGGGGGGGGGGGGACGGAGCUGACACAGGUGCUGCCUGCGACUGUAUUAUGGGUGUAAUUGCACUGGUGAUAUUUGUCUAUCCACGUGUCGCGCCACCAACCGCCCACUCCCCCCAAACACAGAGAGCCCAUUAACCCUACAGGUCCUAUUGAGAGCAGACAGAGCAGUGCUCCUUUGAAACACAUCAGGGCCUCUGCGUUUUACACACUGAAUAUAAUAAUGCACAGAGGUGCUCCGCCGUGUCCAACAAGAAUAAUUGAGAGACAGGGGAUGGGGAACAUGGCCAAUCCUGCUGAGAGGGCUCCCCAAAGGGGCAGUGUGUGUGUGUGUGUGUGUGUGUUUGUUGUCAAAAGGCUCUUAAACUAGUGUUUCAGUCAUUAGUGUGUACAUUCGCUAUAGAUUAUAUCAGUUGUUUAAAGGCAGACAGGUGCCAUACAAUGGUAAUAGAUAGUAAUUUUAGGCUGCACAGCACAUGGAAGCUAAGCUGCAGAUUUAUGAAAAAUGUUUUGCUAAUCAUACAGAGAUUGUUUUACACUGGUCUAUGUUGUGGGUCUACUGUGUAUAUGUAUGUGUGUGAAUGUGCAUUUGUGUGAGCAGUGACCUUCUGUUCUGUCUAUAUGCUGUGACUGACAUAUAUUCUCUGUGUUAAAUUGUAUAACCAGGCCAUUGGUGUGUGUUGUGUGUGGGAGAAGGUGAAAACCUGAGUGUUUGUCCUUGGCCACGCUCUGAUUGGAGAGCCUCUUACAUCUAUUCAGACAUUUUAUAUUAAUCUGUGUGUCUGUGUUAGUUUGUGAAUACAAGGUGUGGUUGUAUUCCUUUACUGUGCUGUUGUAAUUCUGGAUGGUGUGACCAUAUGCCAAUAUUGACUGUUAUGUUUGUAUGUGUGGUGAGUGUUUUGCACAAAUACUUAUGUCUGUGUGUUUCUCUGCAGUGUUGUGACUAAGGAGUACCAGGAUGCACUGAGUCGGAUCACACCAGUGGUGGAUAAGCAUAAGAAGGGUCUGGUACCAGGUGUGCCCCAGCUCAAUAUGUGUGACAUGGCUGUCAUGGUAAGAUCAAUACUCCACAGAAUGUCCAUUCCCCAUGUAGCCUCUUUUAACUUGUUUCAUAUAAUACAUUUUAUUUCAUAGUAUUGUUCUGUGGCUUUCGUUUUCAGUGUUAACAUCUCUGACUAGUGUGUUCUUUCUCAAAGAAAAUGAGGAAGGGCUUGCUGUAGUGACGCCUUUUCUCAUUACCUCUAUCUUUUUAUAAUGCUGAAUGCUUUCAGUAAACUAUGUGGGCACAAUUUCAGAUUUGUUUACCAGUUAUUUUCUUUCCCUUUGUUUGUAAAAUAAUAGACUAUCUUAUUGUUAUUUGUGGAAAAACACAGCAGUGUGAUUCUUGGACCUUUUGUCCCAACAACUAUUUUUGUGGUUUUAGCUGCUUUUGGAAUAUUUAGGGAGUCUGUCUCAUUGGUUUUGGUUUUUACAAAACAGCUAAAAAGAAACAUUGUUUUGUAUGCUCAUUGCUAAAGCACUGUUUGUCCAUGAAUCAGACAUGUGUGUAUCACUAGUGUAGCAGCAUCUCCCCCAUGUGGUUUCCUUGGAGAACAUAAUGUAAAUCCUGUUCAGCUCAGGUGAAUGAAUGUGUAAGAUUGUUUUCUGUGGUUUCUUUCACUAACAGAACUGGGCACCUCCAGGAUGUGAAAAGUUAGGAAAAUGCCUUAAAGCCCCCAAGUCACAGCCCUGGAAGUGUGACUGGCCACACUAG